UAAAACAUCAAAUAAAACCCGUGCAACGCACGGGUCCAUAUCUAGUAUAAAUAUAAAUUUCAGCUGAAUAAGUGUCAUUUGACUCGAAUAUAAAUGAAUUAAAUAGCAACAAACCAAAUCAAAACCAAACCAAACUAAACCAGUAUCGCCAUUCGGUUUCAGCUCCUAUAACUCGAAACCUGAACCAAAACCAAACCACAAGCCGGUUUAUGAGUGGAAAAUGAAAAUGAGACAACAAAAAAAACGUAGACAGAAAAGCAAACACUCUGUCCGAAUUGGAGGGUCCGACACGUUAUCAAGGCUCCAUCGUUUUACGCUCGGCCGUCUCAACUCAAUGGCGAGCAUCCUCAGAAGUCCGUUAAACUUGACGGCGGCCUUCCGGUUCCGACUUGCUCCGUUAUUUCCGUUCUCCGUCGAAGCUUUGGGGUAUGUGAACGUGGUUGCUUGCUUUGGUGCAACGAAGAAGAAGCUAAGAGAUCGAUUUAUUCUGUUUCCACGAAGUACUACUAUGCAUUUGGCUGCAGGGUUCAUCAACCUUUUGACUGACAAGAUUAGAUCUCUGCCUGAUGUUAGAUGGGUUCUGCCAGAUUCAUAUAUAGUGGAUGGUGACAGUGGAUAUGGAGGUUUGGUUUGCUGCAUCUUUUGUGCACUUACUCUAGUAUUGUUGGGUUUCUUUGUGGGGGGGACAAAAGCAGUUUUGAGCCUUUAUAUUCAAUAUCUGCAGCACUCUUUGUUUAUUAGUCAUGCAUUAUUUUCUUUUGCAUGAGAACCGUUCGUUAAUGGGGAGGUUGUCCCAUACAUGCAGAAGUACCAUGCGGACUGGCUACGAGAUCAAACUGAUGAGGAUGCUAAAAAUCAAGUAGUCAAAAAGAAGCCUAGGAGGAAAAGAAAGAAGUAGUUUUUUUUUUGGUAGAUUUGGUAUUUGGUUGGCUUCUUGCUUCAUUGUGGAGCUACUCAAGAUUUAGGAUAUUCUGGAAUGUGUCUUCUAGUGUUACUAAAUCUUAUUGUAAAGAAUCCUAGGUGUAAUGGUAGUGGGGACCAAUCAAACCCAAGAUGUUUGAGUAGAUUCCACAUCAUUGUGUAGCUACUGAACUAAGAAGCUAUACGGAUAAACUGAUGAUGCAAGCCAAUGCUAGUAGCCUAGUACUAGAUCUGUAAUGUUUUUACUGAUCUCAUGAAAAUCUGGAAUUAAUCAAUGAUACACUUUUGACUUUUCAUUA